AUGGCACCCAAAGGAAAGGCAGCUGCGGCGGGGAAAGACAAGGGAAAGGGCAAAGGGAAGGGGAAAGACGGUACUAGUACGGAGGAGAAAGGAGGGAAAGUCAAGGGCGCGCAGCAGAUUAAUGUGCGGCAUAUACUGUGUGAGAAACAUGGGAAGAAGGAAGAAGCGCUUGAGAAAUUGAGGGGAGGCGCCAAGUUUGAUGAUGUUGCGAGGGAGUUUUCGGAGGAUAAGGCGAGAGUUGGGGGCUUGAGUGCUGAUGAUGGAUAUAUAGGUGGUUUGCUGGGUUGGAAGACGAGAGGUGAUCUUGAUCCUACGUUUGAGGCGGCUGCUUUUGAGCUGGAAGCUUCUACGACUGCGAGUCCGAAGUAUGUGGAGGUUAAGACGGGGUUUGGGUAUCAUAUUAUCAUGGUUGAAGGAAGAAAAUGA